CAGUUGAGUUUAACAUUUUCACGAGUUAAAACGUGUGAUCGUGCAACAGAAGACAAGAAAUUACUAAAAGAAAUUGAGAAAAAAAAACUGAAAAAGUUUCCAAGUAGAAAUCAAACUUUAAAUAUUUUAAAAAAAUCUUUAACGUAAGUAGUUUUAUGAUUUUUUUGGUGUUACUUAUACGGAUGUUGGUGUGUCUGAUGUAUGUUCAAAGAGCCACAAAAAAAAAACUACGUGUGUGGAGAAGAAAAAUAAAUAAUCUCAAAAGAAGUGAACAAAAGAAGACGAAAUGAAG